UGCUUAUUACAGCGGGGAGGAAAGUAGGUCAGUGUAAAUAUGUACAGUCCUAACGCUGCGCCGUCCAUGUUCGCGUGAUGAUACAUGUGCUUCACUGCCUUCUUCGAGUUUAGUGCCUGUUCACAUAUCUGGAGGUGAAGGCUAUCACUGGGAACUGGACACUGGUCACCUCUAAGUCUCGCCCACUACCAGCCUCCUUACCUUGCACACCACUGACAGUGGGCGAAGAGUCUUCAUGAGAUGGUCUGAAAACAUCAGUCCUCAUGAAUCUCUGUGAUGAUCUAAUGGCAGACCAAAGAAUGGACAUUUCCUCCACAAUGAAUGAGUUCAUGUCGCCCAGCUCCACUGACCUCAUCAGCAGCUCCAUCGGCACGCCCGGGAUGGACUACACCCGCAAGAGAAAGGGCAGCUCCACUGACUACCAAAUUGAUGGAUUUUCAUUUGAGGACAGUAUGGACACAGACAAGGACAAACAGCUUGGAAGGGAUUGCACUGAUCAGCAAGGCCGGAUUAAGAAUGCAAGGGAGGCUCACAGUCAGAUCGAGAAGAGGCGCAGAGACAAAAUGAACAGCUUCAUUGACGAGUUGGCCUCUCUAGUGCCUACCUGCAACGCCAUGUCCCGCAAACUGGACAAGCUCACCGUGCUGCGCAUGGCCGUCCAGCACAUGAAAACAUUACGAGGUGCUGCAAACCCCUACACUGAAGCUAACUACAAACCAGCCUUUCUGUCAGACGAUGAACUGAAGCACUUAAUACUGAGGGCUGCUGAUGGUUUUCUCUUUGUGGUCGGCUGCGAUCGGGGAAAGAUUCUGUUCGUUUCAGAGUCGGUGUACAAAAUUCUUAACUACAGUCAAAACGACCUGAUUGGCCAGAGCUUGUUUGAUUACUUGCAUCCUAAAGACAUUGCCAAAGUCAAGGAGCAGCUGUCCUCUUCUGACACAGCGCCAAGGGAGCGACUCAUCGAUGCCAAAACUGGGUUGCCCGUAAAGACGGACAUCACCCCAGGGCCGUCGAGGCUGUGCUCCGGGGCCAGACGCUCAUUCUUCUGCAGAAUGAAAUGCAACAGGCCCCUUGUCAAGAUGGAGGACAAGGACUUCCCCUCCACCUGCUCCAAAAAGAAAGCUGACCGCAAAAGUUUCUGCACCAUUCACAGCACGGGCUACCUGAAGAGCUGGCCGCCCACCAAGAUGGGCCUGGACGAGGACAGCGAGCCAGAUAACGAAGGCUGCAACCUCAGCUGCCUGGUGGCCAUCGGCCGCCUGCACCCUCAUAUAGUGCCCCAGCCCAUGAACGGGGACAUCCGCGUCAAGCCCACCGAAUAUGUCUCACGGCAUGCAAUCGACGGCAAGUUUGUCUUUGUGGACCAGAGGGCUACUGCCAUCCUCGCUUAUUUACCCCAGGAACUACUGGGCACGUCUUUCUAUGAAUAUUUCCACCAGGACGACAUCGGACACCUCGCUGAAUGCCACAGACAAGUGCUGCAGAUGCGAGAGAAGAUUAACACUAACUGUUACAAGUUUAAGAUCAAAGAUGGCUCCUUUAUCACUCUGAGAAGUCGCUGGUUCAGUUUCAUGAACCCCUGGACCAAAGAGGUCGAGUACAUCGUGUCCACAAACACAGUCGUCUCGGGCAGUACGCUCGAUGGAGCAGACCCCAGUUAUCCUCAGCUCGCUGCUUCCCCCCAGAGCAUGGACAGUGUUCUCACAGCUGAUGGCUCAGGGAAGAGAGCGCUGCAGACGGUUCCUGGCAUUCCUGGAGGCACGAGAGCCGGAGCAGGGAAGAUAGGACGCAUGAUCGCAGAGGAGGUGAUGGAGAUCCAGAGGAUAAGAGGCUCGUCGCCCUCCAGCUGUGGCUCCAGCCCGCUCAACAUCACCAACAGCACACCCCCUCCAGACACCUCUUCUCCUGGGGGAAAGAAGAUUCAGAACGGUGGGACUCCAGACAUUCCUUCAGCAGGGAUGGUGUCGAGCCAGGACUCCAUAGGAUACCCUUACUCAAACAACUCCCUUUUAAGUGAUAAUUCCCACAUCGGCAUCGGCGACAUCAUGGACGAGCCUGGUUCCAGCAGCCCCAGCAACGACGAAGCUGCCAUGGCGGUCAUCAUGAGCCUUUUAGAGGCCGACGCAGGGCUGGGCGGACCCGUGGACUUCAGUGAUCUCCCGUGGCCUCUGUGAGAGGAGCCUGCCGUUCCCCUCCUGCCCGAGACCGGAGUGAGAGGGAAACCAGCGCUCCUUUUCCAUCGUGUGUCUGUAUCAUCAGGGCCAGAUUUUCCAGAAGCAUCACAGCCUAAUGAUGGGGAAAGUGUUCUCCUACAAGUGUUAUUACUAUAGACAAAUAAUCGUUAUGCUGCAGAGCUUUUCGGAAACACGAGCUGAAAACAGCAUCUAUGCCAACAGCAGAGCCACUACAAGCCUCACAGUGGACGACGUUCUACAACACGAAGCACUUAGCUCCCUUUCUGAGAAGUGAAGAAACUUAGAGUCCAGCAAAACACAAAACAUUUUCGUCUUGCAGGUGUUUUCUAUAUAUAUAUUCAUGUAAAUCACACUGGAAUCAUCUCACUUCUCUCUAUGUGGCACUUCUGUUCUUUUCCUGUAUUUUUGGUGGAUUUUACAUGCAAAGAUCUCUAACAUAUACAUUUUUUUCUCAGAAUAUAUAUGGUAUUAUAAGUGUAUUGUAUGGGCAGUGACAUAUUUUUAAAAUAAAAAGUUUUCCUUUCUCUUGAUAAUAUUUU